AUGAAUGAGAGCGCAGCGAGCGGGGCGUCAACUGCUGAGGAUUUCAGCAAACAGGUGACAACUGGGCCUGACAGGAUCCCGAUCGAACCGAGCCGGUAACUAUGGACCAGAUGGCAGCGGACGAGGUGAAGCAUCCGGAUCCAGAGCGCAGCGACAACCCGCCGCUGAUCACCGCGGAAAACUGCUACGAGCUGCUGGAAGAGGCGAAGCGCGGCGGCUCGGAGCGCGACAAGCAGCGGCUGCUGGGCUUCAUGAGCGACCACUACCUGGAGGUGCUGCGGAGCCCCGCCGUGUUCGGCCGGCUCACCGCCGCGGAGAGGGAGCUCAUCCUGGCCCGCAGGAUGGAGGGGCGGAAGGUGCUGGCGGUGGCCGAGACCUGCGAGGUGCUGGAGAGCAGCCGCCCGCAGAGCCCGCAGCGGGAGGACCCCGCCCCGCGCCGGGUGUUCUGCCUCCACCCGGACUCCCAGCGCUGGGAGCUGCUGACCGUCCUGCCGGAGGAAGUCCCGGCUAAAGGCUCCGGGAUGUGCACCCUCUACAACUACCUGUUCGUGGCGGGCGGGAUGGGGACGCAGGACGGCCGCUCCACGGCGUCGGACCGGGUGUUCUGCUUCAACCCGCGGACCGGCCUCUGGAGCCGGGUCCGCCCGCUGACGCAGCCGCGCUGCCAGCUGCGGCUGGUCUCCAUGGACGGUCACCUGUACGCCAUCGGGGGGGAGUGUCUGUUCACCGUGGAGCGCUACGACCCGCGCGCGGACAGGUGGGCUCACGUGGCUCCGCUGCCCAAAGGCUCCUUUGCGGUCGCGCAUGAAGCUGUUGCGUGCGGCGGCGCGCUGUUCGUGUCCGGCGGCUCGCUUUUCUACCGCCUGCUGCGAUACGACAGCCGCCGCGACGAGUGGGAGGAGUGUCCGUUCAACGAGAGCCGGCGGCGCUCCGCCGACAUGGUGGCGCACCGCAGCCUCAUCUACCGCUUCGACGUGGAGCGGGAGCGCGCGGCCGUGAGCGUGUACAGGUACAACACGCUGGUGAAGGUGUGGCUCGGCGGCGCGCGCUUCCCGCUGGACAACCCGCAGCCGUUCCGCUGUGCGGUGCUCGGAGACCGCAUCUACUGCGUGAGCCGCGGCCACGCGCUGCAGUUCGAGGUGCGUGAGGAGCGCGAGGGCUUCCUGUCGGAGCUGCUUCCGGGUCCUGCGGAGGCCCGCGGGUCCCUGGUACCGUUCGUCCUCAGUCUGGACAAGUGACCCGAACCGGGUGACGUCCUGCGGUCAGCCGCGGUGCCUUCCGAUGAGUCCGACCAAUGAAAUUAGAACAGUUAGUUCAAUCAGUAAUUCAAAAAGUGCAAUUUGUAAAUUAGAUAUUCACUCUGAUUAUUAUUGCUUACAGCUAAUAAAACAUUGGUGUAUUCUCUUGAUGUUAAUUUGGUUUAUCGCUGGAUAAAUUAUCUUUAUUGAGCAGAAUAAGAGAAAUAGAAUGAAAUAUAUUGAAAAUAUCUUUUAAAAAAUGAUCACAAUAUCAAGAAAUAAAGUACAGUUUAAAGCUGAACAACAUGAAACAAACAAAUAAAAAUCAGUUUUGUAGAUGUGACGUCACACACAGGGACUGCUGACUCAGCAUUGAUUGUUUAUGAAAAUAUUAAGAGCCUUUUGGGUUUCAGAGGAGAACCUCUUGCAUAAUUCAGGACAACAGUGUCACAUAUCCUGCAGAAGUCAUGGAGCAUGAAAGAGGUCAGUGAUAAACAUGAACCCAGACAUGUUCAGCAUCCUGCAUUCAUAAAUAUUACAACAGAAAUGUAAGGCAUGCUCUGUUCUCACUGCCUGGUUAUCAGUGGAAUAAAACUGUUUGGAUUAUUCCUGCUCUGGAUCACACAGGUGAGAGGAAGUUUCUGCUUCUUUUCAGAUUAAACUAAAAUGAAGUCCCAGUUUUCAAGUCUUUGGAGAUGAUCUGCUGAAUGUUUCCCUGCUGGAACUGAACUCUGAUCCAACUGGAAAUAAAGCUGCCUCCGAUUUUUAACACGUUUGAGUCUCUGAAACGUUCCUCCUCUUCCUCCUCUUCCUCA